AUGACGCUCGACGCGCACUACCUCAGGGGCUCCAUGGCGGCCAUCUACUUGCUGCUCAAGCAUGCCUCCUGCCCGGAGUCGGUCUUCUUCCACUUCCUCGCUGCGGAUGGCGGCGGCGCUCCGACCGUCGCUGAAGUCUGGGCCGCCGUGGCCGCCUCCUUCCCGUCCCUACGGUUCGAGAUCUACCCGUUCCACGCCGACGCGAUCGCCGGGCUCAUCUCCGUGUCCGUGUGCACCGCGCUCGAGGCGCCGCUCAACUACGCGUGGAACCACCUCGCUGACCUACUCCCGCGCUGCGUGCCGCGCGCGAUAUAA